AUGGACAAGCUGUUUAAUUACUUGCAACAUCUCUACUAUUUAGCCGGAAAUCCCGGUAAUUUGGCACCAGCCCCGAUCUACUUGCGCCAUCCACACUUCGUCUUCCAAUCAGCUAAUCUUGGUCCCUCAGACACUUUCACUCGAUCCUUUGUUGCGUCAUCAUCCUCUAUGCCGAGCGGAGGUCAAUCAGAAUCAGGCUGUCUAGGCGCCACCGCCUCUGGUGGUCUAAUGGAAUCCUCUCCACUUGUGGCAGCUGACUUUCUGUCUUCGCGUGACCAACUUGUUACUGCUGGUUGGGACCGUCUGGGCCGGAUAUACGACCUGGCCACAGGCUGCGAACUAGACAGCCUUUCUGGUCACGAUCACCAGCUAACUGAUGUGCGCGCCUCACUGGCGUCUCCGGUUGUAGCUACUUCUGCCAGAGAUUGCACCUUUCGUGUCUGGGACUUUAGAAAGCCAGGCAUGCAAGUUCACAUACAGCAGGCGCACAGUCAGCCUCUCUCAACUGCCCAAUUCCUCCCCGGUGGCCCUACAGAGCGAAUAGUCUCUGCUGGCUUUGAUAGACAGUGCCGUAUUUGGGACCUGCGCAACUCACGAGGCCCUCUUGUUACUAUCCGCACUGACUCAGGGAUAAACCGACUUUCCAUUUCUCGUGGCGCUCCAGUUGCUUCAGCGGGCUUUCAAUUGCCGCAGGGCGGAGUGACUGGCAUUUGGGAUCCACAUGGAGUAUCUUCCCUUGGAUUUCAUCAAUCCACCAUGGCCUCUAGCCAAACUUCAGCAAUGGCUUCUAACGCCGGCAUAACAGCAGUGACUUUGACUGGCUCACAUCUGUUUGGUAACACUUUUCCUGGCGAUAUUGGAGCUGCGAAUGUCCCUACGCUCAUUGGCGGAUGUAACUCCAUCGGCCAGAACUUUCCUGCCCCUGCUUCUGUCCCCCUUGUAGACUAUAGUCAGCCUGUAUCGUCCCUUGCAGGUUCAGGUACUUCGACCACUAUGCAGUCUCCAGUAGAGCUCACAGGUUAUAUAAACCAUUUGGAAUCAGGCGGGGCUCUUUUGUCUCGCCCAACUGGAUUCGCUCUGCCUGGCGGCUUACUUGCUUUGCCCUUAGAUGACAGAAGUAUCAAAAUCUUUCACUUAAAUGGAGCUAGAAUUGGCCGGCUCCCUAGAGGCACUUCACAGGUUAGUCCAUUUUAUUGCAUCUAUUGUACAGGGAAAAUAGCAUCGACCUCAAAUAUUUUUUUCUCUUAUAUUUUUAAUUUAUAG